AACACUCGUCUGCCAUCCGAUUCCAUCACCACCGCAACCAUCAUCAAACUCUAUCCACAAUAAUCUCCACCCUUCAAAUUCCGUCUCAAAGUCGAAUCAGAGAAUAGCCAUGGCCGACAAAGAGCUAAAAGCCCUCCAUCAGGGCCUUAUUAACACCGUCAACAAAGGUGACUACGCUUCUGCCUCCAGAGGCCUAUCGAGCCUCAAGAUUGCUCUCCUCCAACGCAACGCUCUAAUUCCAUCCCCAACAACACCACUGGCAACUCUCCUGCACGCCCGCGAUAUCCUGGAAAUUGGUGCGCUCACAAGCAUACAUCAAACCGACGACGCGGCGUUCAGUAGAUACUACUCGCAGCUCCAACCCUUCUACGAGGAUCCCCGACUAUCUACUCCAAAGACAGCCAGCAUGAACCGCAGCAAGAUUACCGGCCUCCAUCUCCUCCUUUUAUUAAGCCGCAACGAUAUCGCGGAUUUCCACACUACACUGGAAAACUUAGAGGCUCCGGAGGAUGAUCCAUUUAUCAAGCACCCGAUCAUGUUGGAGAGAUGGUUGAUGGAGGGCAGCUAUGAUAAGGUUUGGAAUGCGACCAAGAGUUCUCAGGUCCCGUCGGAGGAGUACGCACAUUUUUCACAGGUCCUUGUUGGUACAAUCCGGAAUGAAAUUGCGAGUUGUUGGGAGAAGGCUUAUGCUUCGCUACCAAUAUCCAAUGCAAAGAAUUUAAUCUUCCUUGAUUCUGAGGGAGCUGUUAUUCAGUUUGCAAAGGAGAAACGUUGGGAGGUUAAGGAUGGACGGGUCUACUUUCCCGUAGAAGAGACCGAAAAGGAGGCGCUCGCGAGCGGGACUAUCAUCGAGAACUCUAUCGGGUACGCUCACGAGCUUGAAACAAUUGUGUAACGGCAUCUUUACCUUGGAGUUGCGUUGUGUAAUUCUAUUCAUAAACGACAUCAGGGAGGUGGUAAAAAUGAGCAUUACGAUACCUCCUAUAGAGACCAGAUACAUAGUCGUUUGUCAUAAAAGCUACAUGAGAUAAUUGUGUUUGGCCUCGUCC